AUGCCGUCUCUCAAGUCGGUCGUCGCUCUGGCGGCAGCCGUGGCCCCGGCCUCCGCCUUCUGGCGUAUGGAGUGCCGCGGCGUUGCAGGCUACUACCGCAUGGAUCCCAUCAUCUCGCCGGGCGAGGCUGCCGAGCAUCUGCAUUCCAUCCUGGGUUCUGGAGGCUUCAGCGAGUCGGCAACCUUCGACGACCUUAACAACAGCAACUGCACGUCCUGCCUGGUCACUCAGGACAAGUCUGCCUACUGGCAUCCUGCCCUCUACUUCAAGGACUCGACCACGGGCGACUUCGAGCUCGUCGGACAAGUCGGCGGUACCUUGGCGUACUACCUCCUCUAUACCGGCAACGGCAACUCAACCAUCACGGCCUUCCCUGAUGAAUUCCGCAUGAUCGCCGGCAACCAGAACCGUCGCAGCUACACGGCCGGCAACGUGGAGAUGGUGGACCCGCCCAAGUCGGAAUGGGCCUCGCUCGGCCAGACGACGCAGGAAGUGCUCGCGCAGCGGGCGCUCGGAUUCAACUGCCUCGACUACAGCGCCACGCCCGAGGCGUCGCUGUACCGCCACUUCUUCCCCAACAAGGAGUAUCUGGACGCCAACUGCCCCGACGGCAUCCGGUUCGAGCUCAUGUUCCCGUCAUGCUGGAACGGCGUGGACACGGACUCGGCCAACCACCGCGACCAUAUGGCCUAUCCGGACGAGGUCAUGUCGGGCGACUGCCCCGAGGGCUUCCUCACACGCGUGCCCAGUCUUUUUUACGAGACCAUCUGGGACACGGCUUCGUUUGCUAGCCGGUCCGGCGAGUUCGUCAUCUCCAACGGCGAUGUCGAGGGCUUCGCCUACCAUGCCGACUUCAUGAUGGGCUGGGAUGCCGGUGUGUUGCAGCAAGCCAUCGACACGUGCACCAGCUCGUCAGGCGAGAUCAGCGACUGCCCCAUUUUUAACAUCCAGACACAGGCCGAGGCCCAGAACUGCAAGGUUGCCGAGCCCGCCAACCUCUCCGGCGAUAAUGCAAAAGGCCCGGCUCCCAGCCUUCCCGGUGAUGUUGCUGUCUACGGCUCGGCCCUCGUUGCCACCAUGAUCGCCACGUACGACGCCGCGCUCUCGGCCGUCGGCCUGCCGACCGAGGCCACCGACGGCGUCGUUGCCAGCGCCACUUCUGUCGUCGGCUCCAUCGCCAGCAAGGUUGCCGGCGUGGCCACCAGCAUCUUUGGCGACAUAAACAAGGAGUUUGCGCCCACCACGUCGUCUUCAGCGACGACACAGGCGCCUUCCUCCACGGCCACUCCCACACCGAUCCUGCCCACCGUGGCGACUGUACCCAGCAUUGCUACCGUUCCUAGCGUCUCCAGCCCUUCCAGCACGAGCACCACAUCGAGCACCCUGAUUCCUGCUAGUUCGCCGGCUCCCUCUAGCGCGCCGACAGUAGUGACAGCCGCAGCCGUUGGCCAAACCGUUAUCAGCACGCAAUACGUGACAAACAACGGUGUCGUGACGGAGAUCCACUGGUACGAGACCACAGUCUACUCGACGGAAGAGGAGACGGCAACUGUCACGGCGACUGUGGCGGCCCGCGAUGCGCACAACCACUUGCGCCGACACGGAAAAUGGCGCCGUCAGGGCCACAACGCCUGA